ACAGCAAAGGGGCUUGUUUUCACAGCACAAAAAAAACAACAAGGAUGAAGAUUUCAAGCGACGAUGAUGUAACAGACAUAACCGAGGGGAUGUUUAGGUAGCAGAAAGGCCAUCAGCGUUAUCCCUCUUCCCCGCUGCUGCGCGCUUCAAAAUAAACGCCGAGGAGGCUUGAAUAUCGACUGCACUGCAGAUGAAUGUCUGUGUCUUUACGUGCCCCUGCAUUUGUUGUUGUUAGCUGCUCAUGCUAACCAUAGAAGUUGCGAGCUAGCUGGCCUAGCAAGCUCAUGGUUAGAGAGAGAAGAAAAUUUAGCCUCAUAUGUUUGAUUCACUUAAUAUUGUCCGGCGAGUAAACUCGGCGUUGUGUGGCUGAUGGAGCCAAUAAGUAUUGGCGCCAGUAGUCCAAGAACUGCAGAUUUGCCUCAUCUUUUUAAACACAAUCCGUAGUAAGGUUUGUUACCUAGCUAGCUCUUUAGUUAGCCACCACUAUGAGUAGAAAACACCAUCAUUUAAAAGGAGCAGAAGUCAGCUGCUGCGUCAAAUACUUCUUAUUUGGAUUUAACAUUUUAUUCUGGUUACUCGGAGCAGCAUUCUUGGGCAUAGGCCUGUGGGCAUGGGCGGAGAAGGGUGUGCUGUCCAAUCUGUCAUCCAUCACAGACCUGGGGGGCUUCGACCCAGUAUGGCUCUUUAUUGUUGUCGGAGGGGUCAUGUUUGUCCUCGGCUUCGCUGGCUGUAUUGGAGCGCUCAGAGAGAACACCUUCCUACUUAAAUUUUUUUCUGUGUUCCUGGGUUUGAUCUUCUUCUUGGAGCUGACUACGGGGAUCCUCGCCUUCGUCUUCAAAGACUGGAUCAAAGACCAGCUCAACUUUUUCAUCAACAACAACGUCAAGGCAUACCGCGAUGACAUCGACUUGCAGAAUCUCAUUGACUUUGCCCAAGAAUAUUGGUCAUGCUGUGGAGCUCACGGGCCCGACGACUGGAACCUGAACAUCUACUUCAACUGCACUGAGCUGAACCCCAGCAGGGAGCGCUGUGGAGUCCCCUUCUCCUGCUGUGUGAAAGACCCUGCAGAGGAUGUCAUCAACACGCAGUGCGGCUAUGAUGUUCGACUUCAAGGGGAGCUGGACCGGCAGAAAUAUAUCUAUACCAAGGGCUGUGUGGGACAGUUUGAAAGAUGGCUUCAGGACAACCUGAUUAUUGUUGCUGGAAUCUUUGUCGGUAUUGCACUUUUACAGAUUUUUGGUAUCUGCCUCGCUCAAAACCUGGUGAGUGACGUCAAGGCCGUCAAAGCCAACUGGUGACAGGAGAGGAAGUGAAGCAAGGGAACCCCGCCUCUCAGGACCAACAAGGUCAACACAGCACACAAACAGCCCUGUCCGCUAGAGGACGGAGAGCCGAGAACGUUCAACUCAGUCCACAUUGCCACUGAGUUAAGCAGCACACAUGUACACACAGCCUAAAAUAAGUUUAUCUUCCUGAUGAUCAGUGACACUUGAAUGGGGAGAACAAAAAUCCCCACACAAACCAAACAGUCAACACUUUGUUUACCACUCAGCUCGGAUUUUAACCCAAAUAUAGAGAGGAUGAUCCUGCCUACUUCAGUUAGAUUCUUCUUCUUUUUUUUCCUAUUUCCUCUCAUUUUGUUGUUGGACAAGUGUAUUUAUCUGGGGCGCAGUUGCACUCGGACUCCUGUCAGCCAGGAGAUUGGAAGCCAUGGACGAAAAUAAGAGACAACAAAGAAACAAAGCAAAAGGGACAACAGGUCCCCUUUUUAGGUGAAGCGUUACAUUGUCAAUGAGCCCGUCUCCACUCUGCGAGGAGUUGAACAUCUCCUCCUACAAACACCCUGUUUUAAGCGUGCUUAUCUCCACUUGUUGCUUUAGGGCAAGCGUGCUUGGCUGGCCGGGCGGGAAACAAGAACAAGGAAUCCUCUGCGUGUAAUAUUUUUCCAUUGUGACCUUUUUAUGACCACUGAAAGACUCCGGACACUGGCUGGACAAGUCUGCAACUUCAAAUCAUUUCAGGAGAUUUAACUCCAAAUGUAAAAAGUGCCAUUAAUUUUCAGUGACAUUUUUGUCUUCUUCUCUUUCUUUACAUGGAAAUUCUGCUCCCUGCCCCCACUGUACCUCAGGGCCUCCCGAAGAUAUAUGCUUUAUGCCACCGGUUAAGAGCAUAUCUUUAUUUUUUGUUCCAUCCAUAUCUGUUGAAUUUAGAUAGACUAACUUAAAGCAGACAGUUCCUCGUAUGUGGUCCUGUUUGCCCUGCAGUGAUUGUAUUAUCUGUUGAUUUACUGAAGGAUUUAUAGUAUAGAGAGCAGCCUGGUGUGGUUAGGGUGGCAGGUCUUUGCUAUACAGGGAAAAUGGUUUCAUGAUAGUCGAGAGAGUUUUUAUCUGAGCAUCCCUCAGGCACAUGGGAUUGCUGGUUCGGGGCCUUUUUACUUGACUAUGUUACCACACUUGUCUUAUAUUUUGUCCUUUUGCUUAUUGAAAUAUUUUUUUAUAAAUAAGAUGAGCUCUAUUAAUACGUUUCUUUCCUGUCAUUUCAAAGACUUCUAUUCUGAACUGAUUGUUUGACUUCAGCAGGCACCUGUUUUUACCUCUUGACCCCUCAGUCAACUGCUAUAUAGCUUCCUAAUUUUGACGUUGUUAGCAGUCCUUAUGGAGACCAAAUAAUAUCAGCUGGCCACAAGAUAACUCCCAAGGUUUUGUCUGGCUUCAAUUCUGAUUUUUAUGAGGAAUGCCAAGAACAAACAAAUAGCGUUUCUAGACAGCCAAAAUGUGAAUUUAUUGUCCUUUCAUGUUGGAAGUGCCAGUUGAAAUGAGAAAUCAAACAAAAAAAUUAAAAAUGACAAUAUCGCUUUUAUCUUUGAUUCAUUGUUUUGUUUUUUGUUUGAGCUUUUCAGUAGAGUAGUGAAUAAAAGCUUUGUAUUUAAUAUUAGCAUCAGCCUCAGUGUAACAUGAAUGCUGCUUUAACAGAGACUAGAACAUUGUUGUUAAGUACAAUAACCCAGCUAACAGCUAGUCUCACAUUAUGGCAUUUCAACAGCAUGUCGUGUUGUUAUUGUUUCCAUGCUGAGCGGAUAUUCAGAUAAUUAGUUAUUUCCUCACGUUUACACAUUGUUUAUGUUUCCCUGUUGAUGUCCCUCCUCACAUUAAUAUGCCACCGUCCCAGCUUUUGAUCUUGUCCAUGUUCCUCACAGGAUGUAUUUGCCUAAAGACUGGAGUUCACUUUAUAAUGCUAGACAUCAGAUACUCAGCACAGGCAGGAUUUGGGUGGGAUUUACUUGACCACACACAGCCUCAUAUAUUCACACACAUGCACUUGGCCAAAAAAAACAUCUUAUUAAUUGCACCGCAAAGAGGUUGAAAGAUAAGUCACAUUAAUAUUCGGUGAACUGGAGACCAAACAUUUCCUGCUUCACAGAGUGUCUUCAGAAUAUAUAUAUAUAUAUAUAUAUACACAUAUACAUAAGACUUGCUUCUGCAACAGCAACGUAUGAUCCCCGCUGUUCGUACAUGUCACAUGGUGCUUUCAUCCACACACAUCUUCAAAACGCUACCUUAUAUGACUGCACCUGUUCCCCGAGCCUGUCAUGUAGAUGUAUUUUUAAACUCUGCCUUGUUUGGAGGGGAAAAAAAGAGAAAUGUAAGACAAACAACCGUCAUUGGAAUUGAGGCGUCAUGAAUAGCAAAGACCCAGUGGAGCACAACACAUCUGCACUUAAUGACGUCUCACAGUUGAAGUGGGUGAGUUUCCAUAGGAGGAGCUCUUUCAUAUCAGCUCUCGAGGUGUAAUCAGAGCCUCGAACGAUCAAAGAGGACAUGUGUUUUUUCUCUCUCCCUCAGAUCAAAUAUAGAAACAUUUACAGGAUGAAACGGCUCGCAGCUCUCGUAAAUUCUCAGCCGAAGCUGCCACGUUCGCCUGAUGUGAAAUUAUUUUUGUUUGUUUUAGUUUUUUUUCAUCCUGUUUUUCUAAAUGUGUGUGGGCCUCUUUGAUUUCACUAACUGCUGAAAAUCAAUCCGUCCCACUCGAGUCGAGAAGAUCAGAAUGAAACCGGUGCUGUUUUUCUCCAUCGUCCAAACCUUACGAUCUUCAUCUUUUGAAAACGUGUGAUGGAACAUAUAAUGUUUGAUUAAUUAAUUUAACAAAUCUUUGAAGUUUUCGUUUUUUGACAUCAAAUCACCCUUGAUUGGAAGUGUCUGCUCAGGCUCUUAAACAACCCGUCCCUGCAUUAUAAAACACUGAGUGCUUAGACAUGCAAGAAGAUUUUACGUUGUACGUGCUAAAGCGGACAGCUGAUUUCUUUUGAGUGAUGCUGAGGAUCUGGCUGAAGGCACAUGGAGGCCAUGGGUGUCAGUUCUGCUGCAGUACAGAGCUGCAGCUCUUAAAUAAAAAGCCCUCCUGCUCUCUCUCUCUCUCGCUCUCUGCAGCCACCGUCGUGUCUGGAUGGGCAUGCCAAUAAUCAGACAGUCACCUUUGUAAUAAGGACAAUAAGGCUAUAAUAAUCUCUGAUAGCAGCACGGCAGGAUUUUAAACUGUAGACUCUAUUAAGGUGGCUACCUGCUUGUUUGAACAGCAUUGGGUUAUUCUGGGUUGUAUUUCUUUAAUGUGGGGGAAAGGAGGGGGGAAAGAAACAAUGCUAAUUAGCUUUGUCCUUUAUCAUAAUGGCCUUGCAUCACGAAACACCCUCUUAAUUUCUCUGCUUUCCCCAAGGGCAGUUAAAUCAUUCCCGAGGAGGAGCCUUAUGCAUACCAUGAAUGUAUAAGUCUUAAUCAGCAUGGACCUAGUGCUCCACGCUCUGUUAGAGAAUCUACUUACCCUUAUGCAAUGCAAUGCACAAGACAAAUGAAGUUAAGGAAUGUGGAAGAAAGAGUCGUCCUUAGUGAUGCUUUCUUUUCUGGUUUUUAAUUUUAUGUGUGUUUAAGUGAGCGUGAAAGCAGA